AUGUUCCAGAGCACGGUGCUCCUCAAGAGCAGCUCCUCCAUCAGCCCUCAAGGGCAGGCCUUGAAGCAGCACUACCCUGAGGAAGAAAUACCAUCGGGGACAAUGGACAGCCCUCCUGCCAAACCCCACAGGGACGAGGACGAGCCGGCACACAGUGCUGACACCUGCAAGCCCAGCACUUCCAGCCAGGCGGCAUCACGGCUGUCCCAGGGCGAGUGUCCUGUCAAGAGCAGCAGCUCUUCCUCUUGCCCCCGGCACACCUUCAAACGGGGCUACCCAGAGGAGGACAAUGACUCUGGGAUAUCACACGGCCCACCCGCAAAACGCCGCAGGAUUGACAAUGGGCUGGCCCAGAGCGCUGGCGAAAGCGGCCCCAGCACUUCCAGACAGGCAGGGUCGGGGCUGUCUGAGGCCACUCUGGCUGCCAACAGUCAAGCAGCACAACGGCCACGACACCCAUACAGACCUCCAUGGAUCUUCCACGGAUCCACCACGGACAACCGCUCCCAGCCUGGGCCAAUCCGCAUGAGACACGUCUGGCGGCAACAACGGCGGGCAAAAAAGCCCUACAGCCGGCUACAAAAAAACCAGCUCAAAUUGUCAGCCAGCCCAAAGCCCUCAUCACCCUCGACCAGCAAACACAGAGAGACAGCUAAAUAG